CCUCAUUCGACCUUGAGAGCCAUAUACAGAACGCAUUGCUGCGCAUCCUCCCCACUUUAACAGCGAAAUCCACCACCACACCUUCGCCUGUCCAUCAACACUCGGCCCCCGGCCCCUAUAUCCAAGCAACGAAAUACAGACAUGGACGCAACAGACACCCUCAUCGCCUCUUUCUCCAACCUCAGUCUCCCUGCCCCCCCGGCCGUUUCCCCAACCCACCAGCCACGCUUCACCUUCUUCCCAACCCUCCCCGCCGAACUCCGCCAUAAAAUCUACAGUUUUGCCCUCCCACCGCUAGGGCCCCAAGCGGCUCUCACGCUCGACGCCAAAAUCCUAAUCUCCGACUCCCGCUUCGGGCUCUACCUCCUCUUCCUCCAUCCCGUCCCAAGAGCGCAGUCUUUAUCCCCUCCCCCUCCCAAGCUCCUCACCGCACCAACCCGCGCCAUCUCUCUCCUCGCCUUAUGUCAAGAAUCCCGGGCUUACUAUCUGGAGAGAUUCUCAAUUUGUCUGCCCCUAGGACCAGGCGUAUAUGGUCGCCUUCACAUCUCACCCCUCGAAAGGCUAUUCAUCAAAAACCUCAGGGACCUGACAGACAAGCACGCGUUCCAGGAUGCAAUGAGCAACGAUUACCGCCUCCAAGACUGGGCACCGAAAAUCGAGAAGAUGGUAAUUGAUAUCGGUUGUUUCGCGGUCGCGAGGUCUGCGUGGGAGUCAGAGGAGAGCGUGGCGUGGGAGAUGUUAGGGAAGUGGCUGGUGAAGUGUACGAGUUUGAGAAAUGUGCAGGUGGUGAUGUGGGAUGGGUUUGCUGGGGAGUGGGGUUAGAGAGGUAUAAAGCGGAGUUGGAUGGGGCGUAUGUGGUGCCGGAGUUUGAGAUUGUGGCGAGCUUGAAGGGGGACAAGGGGGGCGUCUGGACAGAGGGGCUGAGCAUGAUGGGGAAUGGAUGCGCGUAAACAAGAUAGCUAGCUAAGGUAGUCCUAGUCACCACUACUACGAACCCCUACUCAUACCGAACCUGAACCUUGACACCCUCGACAUCUUUUCGAGAACUGGUGUCUCCAUCCUCAGCACCGUCUCACGAUAGCAAAUCCCAGUACUCCACUCAUAAGAACAAGCAACAGCUCGCUGCAUGCCCCCCUCGGCUCCACAAAGCAGCACUGCCACUG